AUGGACCGGCCCAAGUCACUAUCCACAGAAUCCUCGUCAAAGUUCCUAUGCGGCAAAACAGUCCUCGUGUCCGGUGGCGGAAUAGCUGGACUGACGUUCGCCGUCGCGAUCGCCCAACUGUUCGCUCAUGAAUCUUCCACAGCUGCAAGGCCCAAAGUCAUCAUAUACGAGCGAGAUAGCUAUGAGAACCGCAUUGGCCGUGAAGGAUACACACUUUCAUUGAGAACAGACAACAAUCCCGGUGCCAUUCAGGUUUUGGAUCUCCUGGACCUGUACGAGCUCGUCAGGAGCGUGAGUGUUCACUCUGGAGGCCUCGCAGAAGAAAGGGGCUCUUUCAACAUCUGGGAUCCCCAAUUUCGCCCCUUUCUGCGCUUCACGGCACAGCCAGUUGGACCAAAAAUGCUGCGUGGCAUGAGAAUUCGCCGGAAUGCGCUGCAGAAAGUUCUCGCCGACGCUGCUGUGAGAUCAGGAGCUCAAAUUCUCUGGGAAACGGCCGUAACGGGGGCGGACUCGACCGAAGACGGCCGAAUGCGAGUUUCCCUCAGCACUGGCUUGACUGCAGUGGGUGACAUGCUAAUAGCCGCUGAUGGGUCCCGAAGCAAACUGCGCUCGCUGUUGAGGCCAAACGAUCCUCUCAACUAUGCUGGCGUUUAUAUCUGGUCAGGAAUCGCCAAAUUUGCCAGUCGGGACGACAUCCCCAAGCCGGUGGAUCGUGACUGGGGUGGUGUAUUGGGAGCAGAUGGUAUCGGGCUUUUUGUCGCGCCCGUAGACGACAAAUCCGCGCUCUGGGCCUUGAGUCGUCAAAGUCCUGUGGUGAAGGAAUCAUUGCGAUAUCCUAUUCCUCAAGGGCGUCUCGUUGAAUUACUGGAAGAAUCAAUGAGACUGGCGGAAAACUUUGCUCCAUUGGUGAAGAAUUUGAUAUCUGCGACCGAUCCAAGCACUGUCAUACAAUUAAAUGCAAUGGAUCGUCCCCCUUUCCCGCACCCGUCAUUGGAGCAUAGGCCUGUGGUAUGGAUCGGAGAUGCAAACCAUGCGGUUAGUCCUUUUGCAGGCAAUGGUGCCAAUAUGGCAAUAAUGGAUGCCUGGGACCUUGCCAAUGCGCUCAAGAAAGCCUCAACCCUCGAAGAAGCCAUCACAGCUUAUGACAAGGUGGCGGUUCCUCGAGCUAGCAGCGUUCUGAAGUUCUCGCGGUGGACCAUUGACCUUUUGCAUGCCACAGGAGUCAAAUUGUUCCUUUACAAAGUGGUCCUUCGUGUACUGGGAUUUCUAACGCAGACAACCCCGAGCCAUGACUGA